UUUAGUCUUCACGCCCACUUUUUUAUUUCCUUAUUUUCGUAAAGAUUUUAGCUUUCUCUUCUCUUCUCUUAUCCGUUAGAGUUUUGCUUGAUUCGUCUUCUACACUCUCUCUGGAUCUAUUUGCUUCAUCCUAUCGAUUUGGCUCUCAGCUGGAUUACAAAUAAGCAGUGAAGUUGUUACAAAUCUAAAAAGUGCAUAAGAGGAGAAAAAAAAACAGAAUGAGUUGGUUCACUGUGUACCGUAAAGUUGUGCCCUUGAAUCUCUAUUGCCGUGUUAUUCUGUAAAUUUCUUCUCUAUCUUCAAAUCCUCUUCUUCUUCUUCUUCUUCUUCAUAAUCCUCUUCUUCAAAACCAAUCUUAUCUAAUCUCUUUAAUAAUGGGAUCCCAACGUUUCUACGUUUUUCAUUGUGAUCAGUAUAGGAUCAGCUAAACCAUUCUCCUAAAACCCUUUAAAGCUAAAUACUUUCUCCUUCUCAAAGAUCAAUACUUUUCUCUGUUUACUUCUAGUCAUCUGUCUUUUUUGGUAAGCUUGCUCUGUUCUGUGGAGCAAACUGGUAGUAAGUUUUAAAUUGAAGAGUUUGUAAAAGUGAUGGUAAGUCAAUCAGCUGGUCAGACAAGAUUUCGAACAUUGAAGUACGAGAACAACGGUGAUUCCAACAAACCAACAAUUGUAGUGAGGGUUAUUGCUUGCUUUCAACCGAUGGAUAAUUGUCAGGCUGAAUACUUUAGACAUAUACUCAAACCAGUGACGUAGUUGGUUUCUGAGUUUGUGUUUGUAUUUUUGGAGCUGGCCUUUGUUUUUCGUUUUGUCUCUACUUUCUUAUACAAUUGUUUCAAGAAAGAAUCACGAAGCAGUGCGUUCAUCACACAUUUGAGCAAGAGCUUCCACAAUAGUAUUGUAUUCCUGUAAAGUUUACUUGGCUUAAAACUGCAAGAGCAUGCCUCUUGAUACUAGGCAGCAGAAAUGGUUGCCAUUAGGCUUAAAUCCUCAAGCUUGCGUCCAAGACACAGCUACUGAGUCUUUCCGUCCUGGAAUCCCUUUUCCGGAACUUGGUAAAGUAUAUGCUGCUGAGCGUCAGUUUUGCUAUUUGCAGCCACGGUUCCAAGCCUUGCUGCCAAGUUAUGGUCAGCAGUCUUGUGGAAAACAAGUUUCAUGUUUGAAAGGGAGAUCUAGCUACGCUGCUGCUCCAGAGGGAGAGGCACUCAAGUCUUCUCGGAAAAGAUUUCUUGUAUUCGAUCAGUCAGGAAAUCAGACGCGUUUGUUACAAUGUGGUUUUCCUCUGCGGUUUCCUUCUUUUAUGGAUGCAGAGCGUGGGAACAUUCUCGAGAAAGGGUUCAGCAAAGGUCAUGCCAGUCCAGAAAAUAUAUUGCUACCUGAAGUUCAUGUUAAUGGCGAAGAAGAGUCAGAGAUGCAUGAAGACACUGAGGAAAUCAACGCGCUGCUGUAUUCUGAUGAAGACGACAAUGAUGAUUGGGAGAGUGAUGAUGAGGUGAUGAGCACUGGUCACUCUCCAUUCCCAGUUGAACAACAAGCGUGCUAUAAAACAAGAGAAGAACUGGAUGAAACUGAAAGCAGUGUUGAUGGUCCACUUUGUAAAAGGCAGAAACUACUGGACCAUUCAUCCAGAGACUCGUCACCAUCCCUUGUGGUCACCACCAAGAGUUUCACUAAAGCCAAAGGCUUACCAGAUGAAAAACUUCCUGAAUCCAAUAUUUCAAGCAAACAAGAAACGGGUUCUGGUCUAAGUGAUGAGCAGUCAAGAAAAGACAAGAUUCAUACUGCUCUGAGAAUCCUCGAGAGCGUAGUUCCAGGGGCAAAGGGAAAAGAAGCUCUUUUACUACUGGACGAAGCCAUUGAUUACCUCAAGUUGCUGAAGCGAAACUUAAACAACUCAUCAAAGGGUUUAAACAACCAUUGGUGAAAAACCUAAGACCCCUUUUGGUCUUAUUGGUAAGCAUGUUUGGUUGGUUAAAGAGAAGACAAGGGACAAAAGAUAAUCAAUGAGGUAAAGGACUGAUGUAGAGAUUCUCUCAAUUUCAUUAACGUGGGUUUGAAACAAUUAGAACACGCCUGGUGACCCUAGUGGGACCGUAUCCACUGUUCAUCUAGCUGGAUCAAUAGUGGUUUACUUUUGGAUAUGGCAUGCUCUCUCUGAAAAAAACAAAGAACAAAAAAAGGUCACUUUCUUCUGUGCUUGGAGUGGAAGAAAAGUGAAAGAAGGCAAAAAAGCAAAGUCUUGGUGGUGCUCAUUGAUCGUUAAUAAUUAUCUUUUGUUUUUCCUCCUGGGUAAUAAUAUCUCUGUGAUGGUGGUGGUGGUGGGUGUGGAUGAAGAGAAUUCAAAAAGGCAAAAACUGAAAGUAUUUUUUGGGGUGGUUGUGACUUGUGAAAAUUGAAAUCUUCUCACUUUCAUUAGGUAAAAAUUUAUGUCCCCACUCUCUUUUGUCUCAUUAUUACUCUUCUGUUGCUAUCAAUCCCAUAUCUUGUCAUUUCUUUUUGUUCUUUUCAAAAUCUCUGGCUCUUAAGCUAUUCAAGGGACUUGUACUACUAUAAUGUUGUUUGUGUUAUUUGCUUCUGUUGUUUCUCUCGUGGGUCUAACCAUGUUUGUAUAUCAUGUUCAUGUAUAUAAACCAAUAAGAGUGUUAAUAAUGGAACAAGGCUUCUUAUUA